UAUCCGUGGAAGCCCGAUUCGCUGAGAAUCUCCUUGUCGACGUGAUAUAGAUUGAAUCUCGGUUAAAACCUUAAAACCUCUGGUAAGGGUUUAGGGUUUUUGCAAGUACAGAGUAUGCAAGUGUAUAGAUAAAAUGAUUGAUACCAAGAAAAAGAAGAAGAAGGGUUUGAUCAAAGAAGAAGACGUAUCAGUGAUUCUACAGAGGUAUACGGCAACGACAAUUAUUGCUUUAAUCCAAGAAGUUGCUCAGUUUGCUGAUGUGAAGAUAGAUUGGAAUUCACUGGUGAAGAAGACAUCUACAGGGAUUUCCAAUGCACGCGAAUAUCAGAUGCUAUGGCGUUAUUUGGCCUACAGUCAUACACUGCUGGAUAAAUCAGAAGAUGGGGCUGAACCUUUGGAUGAUGAUGAUAGUGAUUUAGAAUACGAUUUGGAAGCAUUUCCCCCUGUCAGUAGUGAAACAGCAAUAGAAGCUGCAGCAUGUGCGAAGGUACUGACUGCUUCUGGUUUGCCAAGUGACUCUGGUGUCCCAAACCAAUCAACUAUUGAGGCUCCAUUGACUAUAAAUAUACCUAAUGGAGCCAACAUUACUGUUCCUGUUUCUGUCCAAAAACAACCUUUGGCAACAGUGACAACUGCAGAGGGAUUGGAUGUAAAUGGAUCAGCUAAUGUUAGCAUGCCUGCACGAAGAAAGAGGAAAUUAUGGACAGCAGAGGAAGAUAUGGAACUGAUAGCUGCCGUGCAGAAAUGUGGUGAAGGCAACUGGGCAAACAUACUCAAAGGAGACUUCAAGGGUGACAGAACUGCUUCACAGCUAUCUCAGAGGUGGGCCAUUAUAAGAAAGCGCCAGGCCAACUCAAACUUGGGAGUGGUUAGCAACUCAGGUUCACAACUUUCUGAGGCACAGCUGGCAGCCCGUCGAGCAGUUUCCUUAGCUCUUAAUAUGCCAAUGAUGGAUGGCUUAUCAACGGCAUGUUCAGUUGCUGCAAUGAAUUCCAACCCUCCAUCCAGUUCCUCUUUGCCUCCUGCUUCAGCUGAAGCUUCUCCUGCUUCUAAUACGCCCAUGGAAGCCACCACAAAAUCUGCAAUUGGUAGUAACUCUUCUCAGGCACAACAGUCUCAACAGCCACCCCAUCAGAUAGCUGGAUCACUUCAGACAGGGGCAUCAAAUUCCACACCAAGAUCUCGAGUAUCUUUGAAGAAAACAUCAACUCCUCCAGUUAAGCCUGCUUUAGGUCCAAAUCCUAUGGUACAAGCUGCUGCAGUCGCUGCUGGAGCCCGGAUAGCCACCCCUUCAACCGCUGCAUCAUUGCUCAAAGCUGCUCAGUCAAAAAAUGCAGUUCACAUCAGGCCUGGAGGGAAUUCCUUAAUCAAAACAUCAGUGGCAAGUGGUACAAAACCAUUGACCACUAGUCAUGCUGGGCCUCGUCCUAAUGUACACUAUAUUAGGACAGCUACUGCACCAUCACAGCCAGCUAACCAUAAUGGUGUGUCACCAGCUGUCCCUCCUCUUGGCAGCAGUCAACAAACAAAUGGUAAUUCUGUUAGACCAGCCACCCCAACAGGUCAGCUUCCUCCAGCUAGUGCUGCCCCAUCAUCGAAUUUGGCAGCACAUCAGACGACGACAACAUCUGCUGUGGGGGUCACUUCCAGUGUUACUGUUGAAUGCAAAAGUGAUGAUGCUGCCCGUAAUAUGGGUGCUGGAGCAUUGUCUGAGGAAGACGUUAAACCUGGUGGAGAGACGGUGUUUGACUCCAGCAAUGUGCCUACAGAGUGUCUUCAAAAUGAUGAAGCAGCUUUACCCAACUCGGAGGCAGUUUGUGAAAAUCAAACAGUUGUGGUUGAGAAUCUUAGAAAUUCACAAAACCUGGAUGCAGAUGCUGAUGACCAAAUAGUCAACACAAAAACCAAUGAGGGCCAAAAUGCAGGUGAGCGAAUGACCUCUUCACCAGUGACACAAAGAAGUGAAAGCCGAUGUAUAGUUAAUGCUACUGGUGAGGAUGAAAUUAUGAUAGAGGAACAGAUGGACGUGUCAAGCGUAGUGGCGAGUGCGAGUGAUGCAGAACAUAUUGUUAUAGGAGCAAAAGUCGAAGGAGAUGAUGUAACGAUGGAGAAACCAAGUGACAAUUUAGGUGAAAAUGAUGAUGGGUUACAAGCCAACUGAAUGGUGGGAAAGCAGGGUUUUUGUAUAUGUGGAUGUUUAAGAAGUUUUUGGGGACUCAAAAUGUUUGACAUGAUUCUUUGAGUGCAACUCCAUUUCUUGGCCUA